GUCAUAUCUAGACGGCUAGACCUCAAGUAUUGUCAAUAUUCAAUUCAAAAAAUGGUCUAGAUUUUUGGUUGUCGGUCGAUAUUGACUUCAAAAAUUGGGAUUACUGUAUAAUAUUGUUAAAAGUAAAAAAAAACAAACCUUGAUGCAAGAUGAUGUUUAAGGAAACAAUUGUUAGUUUUAGACCAGAGCGAGAAAUUCGGAAAACUAUUUUGGUUCCUGGGGACUAUAACUUAGUUCCUUACGAAGAUGCGAGAUGUAAAAUCAGACUCGGAGACGUGAAAUGUAGCAAUAGAGCUGGGCCGUGUGAAAUUGAGCCGGAAAGUCGCAUUUUCAACAUUCCUUUCGACGGGAACGUCAUCAUCGGAGACAUGGACUCUUUCAUAGACAGAGAUGUCGAAAUACUGCUACAGCGAAUGUGCAGCGGGGAGAUCAGCAGAGCGAAUCUGACUUACAAAAAUAGUCACGGUGACUUGAUCAAGGAGAUAACUUUUAGGAUAGAGCUGGUGGAUGUGACAGAAGAACAGUUGAUAAGUGACUGGAGUUGGGCGAGGUUGUUCGAGUCCGCGGCUCAUCACAAGGAACGCGGCGUACAACUGGUGAAGGACAAACGAGUGGUGGAUGGCUUUAGGAGGUUCUCUAAAGCCAUGAAAAUGCUCAUUGCUAUUGAGCCUGUUGAUAAAAGUUCCAUAGAUGAUGAGAGGGUCAAAGAAUUUAUUAAUAUGAGGGUAAAGUUAUACAACAAUAUGGCACACUGUCAGCUUCAGUUUGAGGAGUUUGGUGCAGCACUGGACUUAUGUUCAAGGGCGCUCAAAUAUGACUCUGAAAAUAUCAAAGCAUUAUACAGACGGUCAAUUGCUUAUGUGGGACUCCACAUGUAUGAAGAAGCUUGGACGGACAUUCAGAGGGCCCUCAGUAUAGACCCUAACGAUAAAGCGUCUUUGAUGAAAGCCAAUGAACUACGUCCACACUUUGAAAAAAUGAAUGAGAAUUAUAAUACAGUCAUCAAGAAGAUGUUUCGUUGAGUCGAGAUUAGAUCUCAGACAUUGGGAUAGUUAAAAAUAAGUAAAGUUCUCUAUGUCUAUUGCAAAUAAAUAUUAAAACAAGAUUUUUAAAUGACAGCAUUUAGUCUAUGUGAUGACAUUCUGAAUGAACAGUAGUCAGUAGCAAUUGAGUCUCCGAUGACUCGUUUUGUAUACUUGUCUUUUUAUUCUCAGUUUUAUUUUGUCUUAAUUAAAAAUUCGGCUGGGAUACUAGUUAUUUUAAAUUUAAUCCAGACAUAAGAUUUGAGAAACUUAUAUGCUGAUGGGCAAUAUUUAUAAAAAUUGUUUACAUUAUCCGAUCUUACACGAAGAUAGCCGAAUAUUUCCGAAAAACAUGUUCGCAUUCCGACAGUAACCGAACUAAAUGUCAAGGUCAGCGUCAUUUCCACUGCGCUGGUCACAAAUCAUGGUCGAGUAGUUGACAACUAAUAAAUUAUAAUAGUAGAGUACAGAUUUCGGCCUAUAUUUGUUAAUUUUCAAUGAAACUGUUUCCACCUCUAUAUAAACAACACUUGUGCCAAAUCAAGAGUCGCUAUAGUUUUCCGGUGACAUGCCAUUCCCAUAGUAGUAACGUAGAGUUGGUAUGACAGUAGCUUGUAAUAGAAACAAUAAAGUAUGUUUUAAUAUUAAUAAAUGUUAUAAAUAAUCA